GUGACUCACAAUCAGGCCACCGAUUUCCUGUCCAUCACCAGCACGGGCCACCUCAGUCCACGCCUCCGUUCGCGUGCCCAACUUCACAACCAGCUUUCUCGAUAGUAACUUUGUUUUUUUUGUUCUUUAUUUGUGGUUUUUUUUUUUUUUUUACUUUAUACCUCAACUUCCCUCAAUUUUUUCCGGAAUCAGGAUUCGAAAGUUCGUGAACCGAUUACACAAGUAAAUUUCCGCACUCCUUGUCCUAUACUCGCGCUCGUAAACUUGAGUGGAUAGUCCGGGGUCAGAUCUCCCGAAUGCGCUCAAAAUCUUUUUGGGACUUUUCCGCUGAUUUCCCUGAUUUUUCCGGGAAUCACUAGAUUUUAGAACCGGCUCUAGUAUCUCUGUGCCAAGUUUCUACUUGCACUCGAAAAUAUAAGUGCAUGGUCCGCGUGUUCCAAGAUGAGCCUGGAAGAUCCUGUCUCGUCUAGUGAAAUGGAGGAUUGAUAAAGCCGGAUUCAUUGCAGGCUGUUGAAAGAACAGACGGAAUCAUGAAGCUGUUGCCACAAAAUGGAACUCUCCAUCAGAUUCUUGCAAGUAUUGCAGCUGCCCUGGCAGGGUUCAACUCGGGGAUGUGGCGUGUGUGGCCGUCGCUAGCGAUCCCUCACCUGAAAUCGGCGUCGUCCCCGUUUCAGGCCUCGGACACGGAGCUGUCUCUGAUCGCGUCGCUGUCCUACUUUUCCUACUUCUUGAGCCCGUUCCUUUGCCGCUACCUCAUCCGUUUCGGGAGGAAAUUCUGCGUGGUUGUCUCUCUCCUCCUCUUCGGGGUCACCUGGUCGGCCGCCCUUGUCGCCAGCAACCCUUACGUCCUCUACGGGGCCAGCAUCGCAGCAGGAUUUGGCAACGGCCUCUCUAGUAUCAUCGUGCCGAUUUACAUCUCCGAGAUAGCGUCCCCCUCUAUCAGAGGCGCUUUGGUGACGGGGUACUCGCUGACCUUCACAUCGGGACAAAUCUUCACCGCGGCUGCGGGGAUCGAACUCCGAUACCACUCGCUGAAUCUGGCCGGGUUGGCUUUCUCAGUCUUCUCAUUCGUGCUCGCCACCGUGUUCGUGCGCGAAACGCCCCAACAUCAUCUCAUUGUCGGCGAUGAUGCUGCAGCCAAGGAGACGCACAGGUACUUCCACAGCAACGCGAGCUCCUCCCUGGAGGCGAAAGACGGCGCAGACCAAGACCUGGAGGAGAUGAAGAAGAAGAUCCUGGCGGAGAUGUCCUCCCAGAGCUCCUUCAGCGAGCUCUUCCAGACUCGCGGCUCCCGGCGGGCCGUCCUCAUCAUCUGCCUCGUCUCCUGCUUCCAGAUGCUGGCCGGCAUCUCCUCCAUCGUCUCCUUUUCCUCCAUCACCCUCCCGCCCACGCACUCCUACCUCACCGUCGACCUCACCGUCCUCCUAUGCCUCGUCCUGGGCGUCACCUCCAACUCCAUCGGCUCCUACCUCAUCGACCUCGUCGGCCGGCGCAUCCUCCUCGCCGUUUCCAGUUUCCUCGGCUCCGUCAUCACCCUCGCCCUCGCCGUCUUCUACUUCCUCCACGACAAGGACACCCUCCCCGGCGACGUCGUCUACCUCCCCUACGCUCUCACCAUGGCCUACUUCUUCGUCUUCUACCUCGGCAUGGGCAUCGUCCGCCCCGUCUUCAUCGGCGAGCUCUUCCCGACCAACGUCAAGGUCCACGCUUCCAUGAUCUCGAUCCUGUGUAUAUCCGCCGCCUCCUUCCUGGUCAAUUUCAUCUACCUGCAAGUCAGUAAUCUGGUGGGCGUCUACGCUAUGUUCCUCGUUUUCACUCUCAGUAAUAUUUGUAAUUUCGUGUCGGCUCUGUACAUCGUCGUCGAGACGAAAGGGAAGACUCUGUUCGAGAUACAGGAGUACUUCAAGGGUUUUUAGAGCUCGGAUAUUUUAAGUUUUACGUGAAAUUGACUCGGCUCAACUCUACGGAAACGAAUUUGGUGCAUUCAUGUCUGAAGACGAGUAUUCCAUUUCCAACGUUUCAAAUGUACAGAUGGGCAUUUUUGUUUUAUCGAAUGGAAUGCCAAUUCCAGUGGCGUGGCGUGAAUUGCGAUAUAUCGAUUGUUAUGCCAUUUAAACCUAUGAAAAAAGAUCGAUUAUCAGGGUGUUCGCAGCGAACACCUUAGUAAUCGAUUCUUUACCAUAGUUUCAAAUGGCGAGAUAUCGAUAAUCGAUUAUUCACGCCACGCCACUGGCCAAUUUAUGCCAUACCUCGAACAGUUCGGUAAAUCCUCUUUUUGGAAAAAUAUCUUGUAAACAUCGAGGAAUUCUUUGCAGUAACAACGUAUACGAGUAAACUUUCCGACACUCAUCAGAUUGUGCAACCAAGUAUAAAAUUUUACAGCUGAAUAAUUUAAAGCCCAACUAGAAUUUUUCGCCUCAAAUUUUCCCUAAUUUCACCUUUUUUUAUAUAAAAAUGAAGAGCACGUGUAUUUCUUCGUUUUUUUUUUAUAUUCGAGAUUGCACACAUCUGAGAAGCACUAAGUACUUUUAUACGCUACUUCAAUGACGAAUAACUUAAAGUGGAAAUUUGGAACGCUGCAACUGGAAUAGUUGUCUUGAGAAAUGAACCAUCGAUAUCUUAAGCUGUCUUCACACAAUCGAACCCAGAUUUUCAAAAUAGGCGAUGGGUGCCGUUGCCAACCCUCUCUCAUUGGUCAGCGAUGCGAGUUCGGUACAUACUUUGAAAACCUCUAUUUGAUUGUGCGCCGUAGACUAUAGAGAUAUCACACCGGCUAUCCAAGUGAUGUAAACGGAAGGAGCAAAGAGGUCACUUUCGGGAGUUUAACAUAUUCUCAAGCCAUCGUCAUACAGCCAAUUCGAGACUUUCAAAAUCUGUGAUCGGUGCAAUUGUUGACUGAUGAAAAAAUGCACCGCUUUGGAGUGUUUUAACGAAUAAUGCAUUCAAGGCAUAUCAUAAAUUGGAUGUAUUCAACUAAAAUUAGUUUAACUGUGCAUCAUGUUGCCCUCUCAUAUUUUGCUCUUUAGACAAAGGACUAAACAAAAAACGCAUUGAAACUUUCUGUGAAUUUCUCCUAGAUUCUGAAAAAUAUACUCUCGAAAUUGCAAAUAAAAAUGUUGUUUGGUUCUCUGCCAAAAAAUCAAGAAAUAGAGUAUGAGAGAGAAUUAUAGACAACGUAUGAUGCACAGUGGCGUGGCGUGAAUUGCGAU